CCAUACCCAGUUGAAGUCAUCAAACACGUUCCUCAGCCAUUCACUAUUGACCGUCCAGUUCCACAACCAUACGAAGUACCUGUUCAAGUUGCCGUACCACGACCAUACGCCGUCCCAGUUGACCGUGUCCAAACUGUCAUUGAACAAGUGCCAGUUCCUCAACUGUUCACAGUUGACCGUCCAGUCCCACAACCAUACCCAGUAUAUGUCCAACCACAACCACAAGCUGUUGCUAUUGCUGUUCAACCUCAAAUCCAACAACAGGUUAUUGCCGCUGCUGAACCGAUUGCCUACGCCGCCCAAGCUGCCCCAGCCUACGAAGACACUCCAAUCGCCGCUGCUCCAGCCUACGAAGCUGCACCACACGCUGCCUCCUCAUUGUAUUAA